AUGGCACAAAAAAAUUGUGAACUCCAUGCAGUUUUCGUGCCAUACUUUACACCAAGUCACAUGAUUCCCUUAGUUAAUACAGCCAGACUUUUUGCUAGCCAUGGUGUCAAAGUUAGUAUUAUCACCACCCUGUACAACGCCCUCCUUUUCGAGUCCUCUGUGGAUGGUUCUGGUCACCAAAUAUUCGUUCACAAACUCAAGUUCCCAUCAGCUGAAGUAGGCUUACCAGAAGGGAUUGAAAACUUCAGUGCAAUCACUGCCCCAGAAAUGGCUAUGGGUGUAUUUAUGGGGAUCGCUUUGCUUCAAAAACCCAUCGGAGAUCUUAUUGUUGAGCUUCAUCCUCACUGCAUUGUUUCAGACGUGUGCCUUCCAUGGACUGUGGAUGUAGCCGAGCAACUGAAGAUACCUAGACUUAUGUUUUAUCCACAAAAUGUAAUGUUCCACUGUGUUGAACAUUGUUUGAAGCUGUAUACACCUCAUCAGAAGGUAAGUUCAGAUUCAGAAAGUUUCUUGAUACCGGGUUUACCAGAUAAGAUUCAAAUGAAAAGAUCUCAACUACCAGAUGAUGUGAAAAGCAAACCUGAAGGACCAUACUGGGAGUUGAUGAAGAAAAUUAAAGAAUCAGAACCUCGGAGCUAUGCCAUGAUUCAUGACACUAUAUAUGAUCUAGAGCCUAGUUAUGCUGAGCUUUACCAGAAUAUCAAAGGUAAAAAACCAUGGCUCAUUGGUCCUUUGUUUCAUUUUUCAAAGAAGGAAGAGGCAAGCAAUUCAAGAGAUACUCCAGUUCAAGAGCGACACAACUGCUUAAGUUGGCUAGAUUCUCAAGAACCAAAUUCUGUUGUGUACAUUUGUUUUGGAAGUAUUGGAAGGUUUUCUGAUGCUCAGCUCACUGAAAUAGCCUUGGCUCUACAGGCCUCGAAUUCAUCCUUUCUUUGGGCGGUAAGAAAGGGAGACAAAGCCCAAGAUAAUGAGCAAGAAAGCUGGAUGCCUACUGAAUUCAAGGAAAACAUGCUUACAAACAACAAAGGUUUGAUAGUCAGAGGAUGGGCACCACAAUUGAAGAUCUUGAACCAUCCAGCGACUGGAGCGUUCAUAACUCACUGUGGCUGGAACUCCACUUUGGAAUCUCUCACAGCGGGUGUGCCUAUGCUCACAUGGCCAUUGUUCGCAGAGCAGUUCUACAAUGAGAAGCUGGUGGAGGUUCUUGGGUGUGGGGUCGGGGUUGGAGCAGAGGUGUGGCAUAAUAGUUUUGACAUCACUGAUACAAUUAUCAAGAAGGAGAAGAUAGAGGCGAGUUUGAAUAUGUUGAUGAACACCUCCAAGGAAAGUGAAAAGAUGAGAAGUAGAGCAAAAGACGUUGAAGCAAUGAUUAAGAGGGCUGUGGAAAAAGGAGGCUCUUCUUAUAAUCAUCUAACGGCAUUAAUAGAGCAGCUCAAGCGCCAUGUUUUUGGCACCUUGGAAGAAUAAUUGAAAAUUUAGUACAUUGAGC